AUGCCUGUGAGUCGGGAAACGCUGGAUGAGAUUGCGCUCUCCCCCGCUGAAUAUGAAAUGAUCGUGGACGGACUGGACCGGGAACCCACGCCGGUCGAGUUGGGUAUGUUCGGCGCCCUGUGGAGCGAACACUGCGGCUACAAGCAUUCACGCCCGUUGCUGCGGAUGCUGCCGAGCCGUUCGUCACGCACACUGUCCCAGGCCGGCGCAGAGAAUGCCGGGGCCAUCGAUAUCGGCGACGGGCUGGCGGUGGUGUUCAAGGUGGAGUCGCACAACCACCCGUCGGCGGUGGAGCCGCUUCAGGGCGCCGCCACCGGGGUGGGCGGCAUCGUGCGGGACAUUCUUGCGAUGGGGGCGAGGCCGAUCGCCCUGCUAAAUUCUCUCCGCUUUGGCCCACCCGACAGCGUUGCCAACCGUCGCCUGCUGCGGGGCGUGGUGGAUGGCAUCGGUUGGUACGGCAACUGCAUAGGCGUGCCCGAUGUGGCUGGCGAAAUCUACUUUGACCCUUCCUACUCGCUGAACCCGCUGGUCAACGCGAUGUGCGUUGGCAUUGCGCGCAUUGACGAUUUGGCCAGCGCCGCAGCCGAUCGUGCCGGGGAUGUGCUGCUGCUGGUGGGAGCGGGCACCGGACGGGAUGGCAUUCACGGCGCAUCUGGCCUGGCCUCGCGCACGUUUGAAGAGGAGCAGGAACUGCGUCCCACGGUUCAAGUGGGCAACCCCUUUUUGGAGAAGGUACUGAUUGAGGCUUGCCUGGAGGCGUUGGGCACCGGCAAGGUUCAUGCUCUGCAAGACCUUGGCGCCGCCGGCUGA